AUGUCUUUUCUCAAGAUGCCGGCAAAGGUGGUGAAAAAAUUUACUAGAAUUCAAAGUAAGUUUUUAUCGGGUGAAGUGGAAGAAAGAAGAUGUAUUCAUUGGUUAAAGUGGGGGGAUGUCACUUUACCUUUGAAUAAAGGAGGAUUAGGCGUAAAGAACUUGCCUUUGUGGUUUAAUAUUUUGAAAGCGCGUUACGGAGAUUUAUCGUCAAAGGUUUUUGGAAAGGAUAGAGAGAUGAAAAUUUCUUCCACUUGUUCAUUAUGGUUGAAGAACAUUGUAAAGAUUUAUUCAUCUUCUUUAAUUGAGCCCGUUGUUGCUUGUGGUAGGUUUAAUAUUCAUGAUGGUUUUAACACUCCUUUUUGGGAGGCUAUUUGGUUGGAAGACAAAGCUUUAAAAGAGGUUUAUCCGGAUUUGUUCCUUGUUUCUCGUUUAAAGUUUGUGUCGGUGGGCGCCAUGAGAGGAUGGGUAAAUGGUAUUUGGCAUUGGGGGGAUCUUGGGAUACCACGUCACAUGGCGGAGGACCCGGUUCUUGCGGCGGAUAUCACCUCUUUGAGGACGAGUUUGGUGGCUUUUUAUGGGUGGAAGGAGGGAAAAGAUGCCGUGGUGUGGUUGGGUAAUUCGGAGAAGGAGUUCUCGGUAGCUUCUUGUUAUGAAUUCUAUGAGAAAUUAUUUAUUCUGUAUGGCCCUCCUAUAAAAAAUGCGGAAGCUUUUGGCCUUUUGUGGGAGAUGGAAGUGCCUUACAAGAUUAAGGAUUUUGGGUGGAGGCUUCUUCACAAUAGGCUUCCGAUGAAAGAUCUUUUGGUGAAGAGAGAUAUGUCUUUUCCUCCGGAUGAUUUAAAGUGUAUUUUUUGUGGAUAUUACGCGGAAAGUAGGAAUCAUUUCUUUUUUGGUUGUUUGGUGGUGAAGUAUAUUUGGAAAGAAAUAGGUUAUUGGAUAGGUAAAGAGGUUUAUUUUGAAGAGGAGUGUUUACCGAAUUUUAUGGAUUGA